AUGGUCUAUCCCUUCGUUCUUUUCGUUCUCCCACUCAUCAAGGGUACACUGGCUGCUGUGGAAUAUCCACCGUUGCCGAAGGACUUGACAACUCCUUACCAGCAACGGCUGGCAAUAAACGGACCCAAUGCCGUCUCGGUGGGAUGGAAUACCUACGGCACACUUAGCCAGAGCUGUGUAAAGUAUGGUAUUUCUGCCGACAAUCUCAGCACUCAGGCCUGCUCGACUUCCUCCUCAACAUACGACAGCUCUCGGACAUAUUCUCACACCGUCGUCUUGACCGAAUUGAAGCCGGCGACUAUCUACUACUACAAGAUCGUAUCGACUAACUCCAGUGUGGUGGAUUUCCUAAGCCCUCGAUCUCCGGGAGAUCAAACCCCAUUCAACUUCGACGUGGUUAUAGACCUGGGUGUCUAUGGGCGAGAUGGAUUUACUGUUUCUGAUUCCACGAAGAGGGAUAUAGCCGUCGACCCGGAGCUGAACCACACGACGAUUAGUCGUCUAGCAACCACAGAGAAUGACUAUGAAUUUAUAAUCCAUCCGGGAGACUUUGCAUAUUCAGAUGACUGGUUUUUAAGACCCCACAACAUUCUGCAUGGUAAGGAUGCCUAUCAGUCCAUUCUAGAGCAGUUCUAUAACCAGCUUGCUCCUAUUUCGAGCCGCUUCCCGUACAUGGCAAGCCCAGGCAACCACGAAGCUGCCUGUGGUGAGGUUCCCUUCAUAACAGGGCUGUGUCCAGACGGACAGCGCAACUUCACCGAUUUCAUGCAUCGUUUCGCCGAUAUGAUGCCAACGGCAUUUCCCUCUAACUCGGCCGACAAGGAAGCACAGAUGCAGGCUGAGAAGGCCCGUAGUCUGGCCAAACCACCGUUCUGGUACUCAUUCGAGUAUGGUAUGGUGCACAUUGCAAUGAUCGAUACCGAGACAGACUUCCCGGAGGCGCCAGAUGGGCAGCAUGGGUCGGCUGGUCUAAACGGCGGCCCAUUUGGCUCGCCCAACCAACAGCUGGAUUUCCUCGAGGCCGAUCUCGCGAGCGUCAACCGCACGUUGACUCCCUGGGUGAUUGUGGCCGGACACCGUCCCUGGUACACCACCGGAUCAGGCCCUUGCAAACCAUGCCGGGAGGCGUUUGAGCAUAUCUUCUACCGGUAUGGGGUAGAUCUCGGCAUCUUCGGCCACGUACAUAAUUCACAGCGUUUCCUCCCCGUCGUUAACGACACCGCGGAUCCGAAAGGCAUGAAGGACCCGAAGUCACCUAUGUAUAUUAUUGCGGGAGGUGCUGGCAACAUCGAGGGCCUUUCCCGCGUGGGAAGCAAGCCUUCGUUUACCGAGUUUGCCUAUGACGACGAUUUCAGCUACGCGACGAUCAAGAUUUUGGAUAGGAAUAACCUACAGGUCGACUUUAUACGAUCCUCUACCGGGGAUGUUCUUGACUCAAGCACCUUGUAUAAGAGCCACGAUACCUCGUUCGUGGUGCAGUGA